ACAAAUUCUCCUACUCAACCCAGAGGCACAUCACUUCCCAUCCAACCAUCCACCACACCAAACAUUCAGCACCAGUGGCCAGUUGUUGUCGGUCGAACGCAAGAAUAUCGUGUGCUUCUCUCCUUCUCGAGCUAUCUCGUGUUUCAAAAAACUUUUUUCCCAAAGUUUUAUUUUGAUUUGGUUUUUACUCAAAAUUAUCCAAGAAAAAUAUCUCCACCCCCGAAGUGAAUUCUACCCUUAAAAACCGAAAUUAUAAUUCAAGUUUGAAGGAGUUUUUUGCACAAAAAAAGUGAUUUUGUGGAGACUGAAAUAUUGUCCAAAAAAAAAUAGUGCAAAAGGGGCUUCUAAUUGUAAGCACCGCGGACACUAUAAUGCAAGGAUUUCAUGCAUAUUCCAUUAACGCACCCAAAAGAGAUCAGCAGCAGCAGAUUAUAAUCGACCUGAUGCCUUCGCAGUACACAAAGUCUUCCACGCCACCACCCACGCCGCCUCUCAAUGAUGGAUCAAAUUCAAGUACGGACAAUCAAGCUCCAGCUGACCCAUCGGUACGAAGGUACAGGACGGCAUUCACGCGGGAUCAACUGUCUAGGCUAGAGAAGGAAUUUUUCAAGGAAAAUUACGUUUCACGACCAAGAAGAUGCGAAUUGGCGGCACAACUCAAUUUACCCGAAUCAACAAUAAAGGUGUGGUUCCAGAACCGACGGAUGAAGGACAAACGCCAGAGAAUUGCUGUUGCUUGGCCAUAUGCCGCUGUGUAUUCAGAUCCCGCAUUUGCCGCCUCAAUCCUCCAGGCGGCUGCAAAUUCCGUUGGACUCCCCUAUGGCUACCCACCCGGACAUCAUCUUCUACCCCAACUUCCGGUCAUAUCGCCACAGUUGUCAUCAAAUCACUUUUCCUACGGCUACCGCUAUGCUCCGUACCCCAUUCCACAACGAACUGCCGCAGCGGCACCCGUGCACAUGCCAACAUACCCCGGUGCGAUGCUUCCCGGCGGCAAUGGCAUUCACCCUGACUACACCCCACCAAUGACGCUACCAUCGCACACACCACCUCCACUUGGUAUGCAGAGUCCGGCAUCUCCGCACAGCGACGGUGUUUCCCUUAGUCCGGAUUUGAGUAAGCUCGAAUCAAGUGGGGCUCCCCCCACACUCAAGUGCAUCCCCGAUCCGCCACAGGGACUCCUCUCGCCACCUCAGUCGACAGACAUCAGCGGUUGCCAAACCACCCUGCCGAAAUUACCUGAAAAACCAAAAUUAUUUAAACCCUACAAGUCAGAGAUGUAAAAGUUCCAGCAAAAAAAAGGUUUUUAAUUUACAAUAGAGCCAGUAUAAAUAUUAUAAAUAAAUGUAUAGAUUAUUGUAUUAUAUAUAAUUAUUAAGUGUACUAUAUAGGUUAUCAAUUUUAGGAUUAAAGAUGAAAAAAAAACAUUUUACCAUUUUAGUGUAAAAUACAGAAUAAAAUAAGA